CAAAGGUCACUUGUUAUUCCUUUCAUCGGCGACGAACGAAAAAGCGCAGAAGGAGAGGAUUCGAUCUCGCCUCGUCUAGGGUUUCCCGAUUGGGAUCGGAGAUGAAGAUUACUGCCCUCCUCGUGCUGAAGAACUCCGGUGCCGGCGACACCUCCUCCUCCUCCUCUUCCGGGACGGAUCCCGUGGUCCUCGCCAACGCCUCCGACGUCAGCCAUUUCGGGUACUUCCAGAGGUCGGCCGCCAAGGAGUUCAUCCUCUUCGUCUCCCGCACCGUCGCCAAGCGCACGCCCGCCGGCCAGCGCCAGUCCGUCCAGCACGAAGAGUACAAGGUGCACUCUUAUAACCGAAAUGGCCUUUGCGCUUUGGCUUUUAUGGAUGAUCAUUAUCCAGUGCGAAGUGCAUUUUCUCUCUUAAACACGGUACUGGAUGAGUAUCAGAAAACUUUUGGGGAGUCUUGGAGAGUCCAGCAGACUGAUUCAACUCAACCAUGGCCAUUUCUAACUGAAGCAUUGACAAAAUUUCAGGAUCCUGCAGAGGCUGAUAAGUUGCUGAAAAUUCAGAGGGACCUAGAUGAAACUAAGAUUAUCCUUCAUAAAACUAUUGAUAGUGUGCUCGCCCGAGGAGAAAGGUUGGAUAGCCUAGUGGACAAGAGUUCAGAUCUCAGCGCAGCAUCACAAAUGUUCUACAAACAAGCCAAGAAAACCAAUCAAUGCUGCACCAUGCUGUGACAUUGCCAGAGGAGAAAUCUGGGUAUCAAAUUUCAUUGUGUGCGCAUUCUCUGUUUGGAUAGUAGUUUACAUAAAUACGGUUCCAUCAAACAUUUCAAAUAUACCAUCCCCUACGUUGAAGUGAUUGCUCUUUCACUGCCCUGCCAAUUAAAACAUCUUCUUUGUCUCAAUUACUCCAUACUUUUUGUGGUGUUUGUAGCACAUUAUUAACCUGAUGCGAGUAAUGUUGGUGAUCUUGCGGAUCACUACAUGGUAACGUGAUUACUUAUUCAUUUCUCUAUCUCAUUCACUUGGUCUGUACUCUUUUGCAUGGUUUAUAUCUGUAACGCUUCUUUAAGGUUAAUAAUGUUUUUACGACUGGAGUGGAUCAAA